GAGAGGGCUGAAGCGUUAGUAAUCAAGAAUAUUUAGGUAAACUAAAACAAGAGUAUUUUUGGUAGAAUUACAUUAGAAGUAAGGUAGCCUACUCACGUUACGUGGCUAACAGGACAACGCUCGCUGAUACAAGUGGUGAAAGUGAUCUUGGACGGCAGAAUGAGUGGAGCAACACUGACCCUCCUGAACAACACGUUGGCAUCUCCAGAAUCUGUCAUUGGCCACAGAUUUGCCAGUUUCAUCACGUUUGUGACUCAACAAUAUGGGACAGCAUUACCAUCAAAGUCCACGUUUGUGGCUGUGUUUGGAAGAAACGCCAUCAUACUCUCUGCGAUCCUCCUCAUUGGUCUGUUGAUGGGCUUAGGAUCUCUGGUGUGGGCUGUGAUGUCAUUGAGGAGACACCAUCGUGAGGGAGGCCGAGUCUCCGCCAUCGUCAUCUCCCUCCUCCUCACGGACAUCCUGGAGUGUUGCGUUAUUCCGUUUGUGGUGACAUCCCUGCUGAAUGUGUGGGCGUGCUUAACUGGCAUCAACUGCCUGGCUUCCUCCAUGACCUUCGGCUAUGCCAGGCAGUGUGGGUAUUGCUUCCACCAGCUGGUGGCGCUGGAGGGCAUCCUUUCAUUCAGAAAGCCUGAUGGCUCCAGUCAACUGUCAACUCCACCCUUCGCCAUCUCAUUCUCACUCGUUGUGUGGAUUUGGGGCCUAGUUAUGGUGAUCCUCAGCACAGUGAACCCCGUCAUCUCCUUUAUAAUGGGUCACGUCAUUGGCUUUGUCACUUUUAUUUUGGUAUUAGUUUCGUCUGUCAUCACGGUCAUGAGCAUGUGUGACAUGGCCUCAAGCACGGAGAGAAGGCCAGGCGAGAUAGUUCUCUGUGUAGCACUCUUCACGCUGUUUGUCCUGAACGGUCCGUUCAUUGUAUGGUAUGCUCUGUUACAAAGCGGGGUCUUGUUGCUUAACCUGGGCUUCAUCGCAACAGCAAUCAUUACUUUCAGGCUGGUCACUGACCCUUUGCUGUGUGCGCUUGUGUGCAGGAAGAGACAGAGUGGUGUGGUGACUGAUGUUAAGACGAGCCACUCAUCGGUGAUAGUGAUAGAGUGAUUAGGUAUUGUUUUACGUUUAAUACAUCCAAUCCUGAUUUUUACAAGCUUUAUUUCAUUCGAAUGUUUCUGAAUGAAAGUUCU